AAAGAUUCUGAAAUCCUUCAGUUCUUAGACAUAUUUCUGUGAUAUAAAGACAAGUUCUUUCCCUAUUACCUUGAAAAUAUUCCUACACUACAGCAACACCUUCUUCCGUACCCACUCCGAAAUCCAAAAUCAUGAUGCAGAAACCCCAUAUCAACAAAAUGUCAUCAAUCAUCUCCUACACCACACUAGAAUGUUGGAAUUGCCAAAAGGUGCAUGGACGCACGCAGGAGUCGUGCCCUUCCUGCAACGGAUGGACAAUCAAUACCCACGAGAAUCAUGAAGGCAAAAUGAAGCUUCUUGACUGGUACGUUUUUCAAAUCACAAGAACCGACUCGCAACAAGAGAAGGCCAAGACACUCCAAAAAAUUGAGGAUGCACUCAGGGGUGACCUGCGUACCGCCGUCCUUGCUGCCGGUCCUCCGAAUGGAACAACGAGAGCGGUCUAUCUGCAUAGGCCGGGAGGCGACGCAAGGCUCUCGUUUACUAAGCCGGGCUGGGGCAGAAUUUCAGCUAGUUCCAGGGGAAAUGGCGAGAUCGGCUUUGAAGACUGGUUAAAAUUCGAGGAAUUGAUUGGAUUAGUGAAAACUACAAACUCAUGUAAGUAUUUUCAAGUAUUGCUGUCUGCUUGGCAUAAGCGCUGACUUGCGAAAUAGUGCCAGAAUCUUUCCCAAAGCCAGCACGUCUUAAGUAGGAGGUGUCGAACUAGAUAUUGGUGGGAAAUCGGAUGAAAUGGUUGUACUCGGGAGAGGAGGCUAUUCACACGGGAAUAGUUCACGGACCAGAUUCGUUUUUUUUUGCUGGAAAUUAGCUUCAUUGUCGGGAAGGAAGGAAAUGCUAUACACGCUCUUCACCUGUGCUUAAUCGAGAAUUUGUGAUUUUGAUUGCUUGGUUUGUACUUUUACACAAAUAGGCAGGGCUUUCA